AUGUCUGAUCUUCCCUUCCAGUACCAAUUCGCCGCCGGGGCGAUCGCCGGGGUGUCGGAAAUCUUGGUGAUGUACCCGCUCGACGUGGUGAAAACCAGACAACAAUUGGACACCACCGGCGCCUACAACGGCACCAUCAAGUGCUUGAAGAAGAUUGUCGCCGAGGAAGGGCCCCUGAGGCUCUACAAGGGGAUCUCGGCCCCCAUCUUGAUGGAGGCGCCCAAGAGAGCCACCAAGUUCGCCGCCAACGACGAGUGGGGGAAGUUCUACCGCAAGGCGUUCGGCGUCCCCGCCAUGACCCCCGGGUUGGCGGUGUUGACCGGGGCCACCGCCGGUGCCACCGAGUCGUUCAUCGUCGUCCCUUUCGAAUUGAUCAAGAUCCGCUUGCAGGACAAGAACACCACCUACAACGGGAUGGGUGACGUCGUCAAGGACAUCUUGCGCAAGAACGGGCCCUUGGGGUUGUACAAGGGGUUGGAGUCGACGAUGUGGAGACACAUCUGGUGGAACGCUGGUUACUUCGGUGUCAUCCACCAGGUGAGAUCGCUCAUGCCCAAGCCCAAGGACAAGAAGCAAAAGAUGCUCAUCGACUUGACCUGCGGUACCAUUGGUGGUACCUUCGGUACGGUGUUGAACACUCCCUUUGACGUGGUCAAAUCAAGAAUCCAGGCUGGUUCCACUCAGUACAAGUGGACCUACCCGUCGUUGUUUAAGGUGGCCCGUGAAGAAGGGUUCGCCGCGUUGUACAAGGGUUUCAUCCCCAAGGUGUUGAGAUUGGGUCCCGGUGGCGGGAUCUUGUUGGUGGUGUUCACGGCGUCGAUGGAGUUCUUCGAGAAGGUGCACAAGGGCGAGCCCUUGUGGUAA